UCGGCAUGCACAGCGAUGUCAACUGAGUGUGCUGACAUCCAUCGACCUUGGCGACGGAAAUGGCGUUUCAUUGAAUUAUUCUCAUGGUGCGGAUGGGGACAGAGUUCGCUGUGUGCACACCUGCACCUGGAGAUUCAGGUGAGAUAGCUAUGCAGGCGACAACAUUGGCAGUAGUCUGUGCACACAAUCCACGGGUGCCAUUACAGAUAUCUCGAUGGGCAGUAUACUGUCCAUUAUCUUCAAGAAUUACUAGCUUUAUCACAGUACGAACCAUGGCUGCAUCACAAGCCACUCGUUUUGCCAGCACUCUUCUUUUUGAGAAGGCUUAUGUUGAUGGCCAGUGGGUUUCUGCCAAGUCUGGGAAAACAUUCCCAGUUAUUAACCCUGCAACAGGCAAAGAAUUGGGUACAGUGCCAGACAUGAAUGAGGAUGAUACACGACAGGCUAUCCAGGUAGCUUUUAAAGCUUUCCAAACAUGGAAAGAAACGACUGCUAAGGAAAGGUCCACCAUUCUGCGACGCUGGUCGGACAUUUGUCUUAAGAAUGCAAGAGAACUGUCCCAGUUAUUGACUGCAGAAAUGGGGAAAACACUGCUUGAGUCUGAAGGGGAAAUAAAUUAUGGAACAUCCUUUAUUGACUGGUUUGGAGAGGAGGCCCGCCGAGCGUAUGGAGAUGUAAUUCCAUCACCUUUCAAGAAUAAACGCAUGCUGGUGCUUCGACAGCCUAUUGGUGUCUGUGGGAUGAUUACACCGUGGAAUUUUCCUAAUGCUAUGGUCACACGCAAAGCCUGUGCAGCCAUUGCUGCUGGUUGCACUGUGGUGUUGAAGCCUGCAGAAGAUACACCGUUCUCUGCCCUGGCCCUCUGUGAGUUAGCGAUGCAGGCAGGCCUGCCCCCUGGAGUGUUAAAUGUUGUCACCUCUUCCCGUGCCAAUGCACCAGCAGUUGGCAAAGAACUUUGUGAAAACCCUCUGGUUAAGAAAAUCUCCUUCACUGGCUCUACAAGCACUGGCAAGAUUUUGCUGCAGCAGUCUGCCUCUUCAGUGAAGAAAAUGUCAAUGGAGCUGGGUGGAAAUGCACCAUUCAUUGUGUUUGAUAGUGCUGAUCUAGACAAAGCUGUAGCAGGAGCAAUGGCAUGCAAGUUCCGAUGUUCAGGACAGACAUGUGUUUGUGCUAACCGUAUGCUGGUCCAGGAGGGAAUCUAUGACCGCUUUGUGAAACGCUUGGCUGAGGUCAUGAAACAGGAGCUGAGAGUGGGGGAUGGCACAGACCCAGCAACAACACAAGGCCCUCUCAUAAACAAGGCAGCAGUGGACAAGGUACACAGCCUUGUCCAGGAUGCUUUGGCUAAAGGGGCCACUGCUGUGCUGGGCGGCAAACCUGACCCAAGGGGAGGCAACUUCUACCAACCAACCUUACUGGCAGAUGUUAAAACAGACAUGCGAUGCUCAUUGGAAGAAAUCUUUGGACCUGUUGCAACAGUUUUCAAAUUUUCAUCAGAAGAAGAGGCAGUUGCUAUUGCAAAUGCAACAUCAUUUGGUUUGGCAGGCUACUUCUACUCAAGUGACAUAGGACAGAUUUGGCGCGUGGCAGAGAAGCUGGAGUACGGAAUGAUUGGUGUUAAUGAGGGAAUUAUAUCUGCUACAGAGGCACCAUUUGGAGGUGUCAAGGAAUCUGGGCUGGGCCGUGAAGGGGGAAAAUAUGGUCUAGAGGAAUACACGGAGCUGAAGUAUGUCUGCAUUGGAGGAAUCUAAGCCAGGAAUGAAAAGCUGUUUUGUGCAUCAGUUUGAGUGCAUGUGUGAGUAGGGUUUUAUAUAUGGCUUUCAGCCUUAGAGAUCUAUCUUGGUAAAUAGUGAUGACUAUUGAUAGAGUCGUCAAUUGAUUGGUCUUCACAUGGAUCAUUAUGAUAGCUGUAUGUUCUCUGAUUAAACUGAGUACAUGUUGAUGGUGAUAAAUGUCAAAAUUUGUUUUUUUCUUACAGAUGAAAAUUUGAUGGAGAUAUCUUUUAUUUAGAGUUUCUUUGAAAGUUGUUAAAUGCUGCUGAUGAUGAUGAUGAUAACAGCUGUCUACAAUAUGGAAGUAUGUUGUAUAAUAUUGGCACAGCACCAUGGAGGCUCCAAACCAUGCAUCAUUACAUGCAUGCUGAUUAUUUGAUAUGUAUAUUUAAACAGAUGUAUCACACAUUCCAGCUCUGUAAUGUGUGCAUUUGGUAGAAGGUAAUAUAGAAAACUGUUUCACAUCAUCUGCGCUGUUAUUUUACAUGUUCAUUGUCACAAAGGUGGUAACUGUCUAGGUGUGCAUGGCUGAAUUUCUUUGCUGAUCUGGAUGACCCAGCUACCAAGUGGUAAAAUAAGCAGAUGGAAUGCAUGUUUGUGGGUGCAUUUAUUAUGUAUGGCAUUUCAUAUAUAAAUAUUUGCCAAGCUUGAUUUUUUCUACUGGAAAGGAAUAACUACCUACUUAGUUCAUAGCAAGUGGGAAGAUUAUUGAAACUUGCAUGAUUUUGACAAUCAUAUUGAAUAAUUAUGCUAAUAGGAGCUGGUGCAUUUGUGUAUAUGUUACUAUUAAGGAAAAAUCUUGAAAGUAUUACUAUUAAAGUACAUCAGAGUGCUUUAUACUGGCAGAAUUCAUUUAUUAUUUGUUGAUUAAAAGAAAGACAUAUAAGGUGUCCAGAAGAACUUAUAACAGUACAUUUCAAUGACAUUAAUGCGGUCAAAUCUAUGACACAAAAUGUGUAGAGGCAUGAGGUGUUUGUGGAUAAAAUUUAAUUUAGAAGCUGGUUUAAAGUUCUCGACUUCUUAAGUGGGCUGCAGAGAACAUCAUUAUUAUCAUUUUUCUUUACUAUCAUGUUACAUGUACCUAUGGAGGAGUAUAUUUAGACUGGCGUUUUACUUAUUAUGGCUCAAACAGAUUAAAAAACAUAUACUAUGAUUGUGGUGAUAAGCAUAUUAAUAGGAACGACAAUGUCUCUUUUAAUAUUAUGUAAUAAAUUGCAUUUGUUUUAUGCAA